AUGGCGGAACAUGGAGCAUAUUCUCCUAGUCCAAGAACACCAUCUGCCUUUCAUCAGAGAAGCUCCCAUUCACGUUCAGCGUCAUGGUCGUACACAUCAGGAAAUGGGCAAAUCACUAUAACACCUUUAAACCCGAUCAGAUCGGUUAUUCGUGAGUUUGUUCCCAGUUUCGGCCAUCGAAGUCCAACUUCUCGAUCGUCUACUAGUUCUCCUCUUUCUCCUCUCUCUCCUUCGACUUACGUUAACAUAGCGGAGGUUCUGAGAGACGAAAACGAUGCAGAAGACAUAGAAUCGAGCAGGGUCUCCCCAUUUACCGCUGUAAACAACAAUUCGGGAAACUCAAGCGAUGGAGAUGCCGAAAGUGGCGAUGCUAACAUGGCCGCCGGGAAUUCUAGUGGUGCUAAUGGAAACGGUCGUUCUGCUGGAGAUAGAGUCGAGUUUCAAGGCACGAUAAACUGGAUUGAAAAGAGUUUACCUUUUGUCCUGCUGCUUCUGAGCAGAAUUAUGUGGGACCAUCGAUUAGGUAGGUGUUAUUAA